UAUAAGGCCCGGCCCCUGAUCCCCGUGACCUCACCACUCCCCGCCGGUCACCCUCGCGCCGCUGCCCGCCACGCCGGCCAGGCAGUCGAUCGGGCAGGACCCCCCCUCCUUCCCAACUCCGACGUUGGCAAGAGAGGCGCGGGCGUUCCAACGCCUGUCGAGCCAGCUAGCAGAUCGAGCCAGUGAUCAAAACCAGAUAUCAACCAUGGCGGCGCGCCCAGUCCUCCUCGUGGCGCCGGCGAUGGCCCUGCUCCUCGCCCUCCUCCUCUCCGGCAUCCCGCCCUCCGCCCCGGACCCCUUCGCCAGCCACCCCCUCGGAGAGCUCCUCACCAAGGCGGGCACCGCCAACGCCACCUCCUCCUCCACCAACUCGUCCAAGUCGUUAGCGCCCGCGCCCGCGCCGCCGCCGCCGUCGGCGAGCGACCUGGCGAAGCAGAAGGAGAAGCAGAGGCAGCGGCAGGAGGAGGAGAAGGCGCUGGACGCGGCGUUCCGGGAGUACGGGCGGGCCCACUCGGUGGUGUCCCCGACCAACGGCACGGGCUCGUACAAGGGCAUGGCCCGGGAGUUCGUGGACGCCCACAACGAGGCCCGGGCCCGCUACGGGGUGCCGCCCAUCCGGUGGGACAAGAAGCUGGCCCGGCACGCGCGGCGGUGGUGCAACGCCGUGCGGGGCCACUGCGAGCUCAUCCAUUCCGUCACCAAGAAGGAGGGCUACGGCGAGAGCAUCUACCUGAGCCAGGAGGACUGGAACGCCACCGCCACGGACGCCGUCAAGUUCUGGGCCACGGAGGAGCCCAUCUACGACAAGGCCACUGGCAACUGCACCGGCGGCCUCCCCUUCAGAGAGUGCGGCCACUUCGCGCUCAUGGUGGACAAGAGGAACCAGUGGGUCGGUUGCGCCCGCUCCGAGUGCGUCAAGGGCGGCGUCUUCAUCUCCUGCAACUACUACAUCCAUGAUCCAUCCAAAUCAAAAUCAAGUGACGUGGAAAAUUGAAAGGCCUACUCGUGUUUGUGGCCUUGUGUAAGUAGUUAACUAAGCUGAGCAGCAGCUUCUGCAGCGGCUUAUGCACAAGCCGUGCCAAAGGGAGGAAAAGGAAACGGCUUCAGUGGAGAAGCCAGUGAAAAGCCGUCACACGAAAUGAAUUGGGGCAACAAGCCACAAAAAGCGGCUUCUUCCCAUCUCCGCAGCCUCCACAUAUAUCAUUACCCCUCGAGUUGCUAGAAAUUACAGCA